UUUUAUCUCUCCUCUCCACCCAAAAAUUUUCCUAUCCCAUUUUCAAAAAGCAUCUUCUCUCAGAUAAAAGUAUUAUUACAAAACUCAAAACAAUGUCUGGAGGUGUUGGUCCGACUUACAACGACAUCGCCUUACCCAAAGAAGAAGAACAUCACGCCACCGGAGAAACCUCAACAGCCGCCAGAUUCUUCUCCUUCCAGCAACUAAACAUCCUCGCAGUAAUCCUUGUCCUCUCCGCAAGUGGUCUCGUCACAAUCGAAGAUUUCUUAUUCACAAUCCUCGCGCUCAUCUACUUCUUCUUCCUCUCCAAACUAAUCUUCCCUCCCCACAAGAAUCCAAACCGCGAUGCUCCUCUCACAAGCCCCACGAACAAGAUUUUCCGUCUCUACGUAGCUUCCGCGGGGAUCGUGGGGCUCUUGAUUCCGAUCUGCUACAUCUUCCAAGGAUUCCUAGAGGACGAUAAACGCGGGGUGAGUGCCGCUGCACCGCACGUGUUCCUUUUGGCGAGUCAGGUUUUCAUGGAGGGAAUAGCCGCCACGUGUGGCUUCUCUGCUCCGACUCGGAUCCUCGUGCCGGUCGUUUACAACGCUAGGAGGAUCCUAACGCUCGUCGAGUGGAUUAUGAACGAGUUCUCAAGGGAGGCUCCGGAGUAUGGGAAGAGGACGGUUUCGGUGCGGCGGAUGUACGCCGGGAAAGUUUUGGCGGCGGUGAACCUUGGGAUUUGGUCGUUUAACCUCUUCGGUGUUCUGAUCCCGGUUUAUCUACCGAGAGCUUUCAAGAGGUAUUACGGUUCCAGCAAGGAGGUUUGAUUCCGGUUUAGAUCAAUCCUAGCGUUUAUUGCGUUUUUCAUUUUCGGUUUAAUUUGUCCGGUUCAAUUUCUUUGGAUAUCUGAUACUGGUUUAUCUCCUGAGAGCUUUCAAAAAAAUGUAUUACGGCUCCAACGUGGAGAACUGAACCCAGUUUAGAAUCUUCGCAGCUUUUUGUUUAAUCAGUCAGGUUCGUUAGUAACCGUGAUCUGAAUGUGUCUUUCCCUCGUUUGUCGUAUAUUGAUGUUUUCUUUGAUGAAUUCAGUUUAUGUAUUUUAUGUUAUUA